AUGUCGAGCUCCUUUACAGAGGCCGCAUGUGCCUUAACCCUUUGCAUCUCAGCAUAUUCAGCAAGCACUGAAAAUCACAAGAAGGCCAUAGAGUGCUUAUUGGAAGCUACUGCUACUCAACUUGAGCCUCCAAUGUUUAUUGUGUUAGGAGAAAUACAAAUGAAAGCCAAGCAAACUGAGACAUUUAAAGCUGCAGUUGAAGACCUUUCAAAAACUAUUGACCUCAACGAAAUCUGUGUUUUGGCAUAUUAUAACAGAGCUGUCUGUUAUCAUCAAAUAAAGGACUUCAGAGAGGCCAAGGAAUUCAAACUGCAAGGUCUUACACUGAUAACUUUCACUGUUAUAGCUAUUACAAACAUCAAUGUCUCUAUUUUUAGUCUUCAUGAGUUUGAAGAAGCUGUGACAUCAUUUGACCAGGUUCUCAAAUUAGACCCUGUUUUUGUGGAUGCCUAUGUUGGAAGAGGAAAUUAGUACAUGGAAAAAGGGGAUGAGGCUGGUUGUAAACAAGCACAGAAAGAUUUCUUGAGAGCAGUUCACCUGAAUCCAAAGUGCAUAAAAGCUAGAAUUUUCUUAUGAUACAACUUGCAGCCCUUGGAAAGCUUCAGAGAGCAUGGAGCCAAUUUACAGUUGCCAUUUGCAUUGAUCGAAAAUGCCAUGCUGCAUAUGCUGGAUGAGUUUCAGUCUGUCUUCAAAGGGGUGAAACUUUUACUGCAUUUCAAGAUACAGCUCACUACCACUGCUUCACUGCUAACAAAUAGGGGUGUCAUCAAACAGUUAAUGGGAUAUCUGUCCUGUGCCAUGAAGGACUAUCAACAAGCAAUUUCUGCUGACCCAAACUAUGCAUUAGCCUAUUUCAAUGCAGCAAAUAUCUACUUCAAUAAUCAACAUUUUUCACAAGCUUAUUGCUAUUAUUCCAAGGUAUUAGAACUUGACCCAAGAAAUGAAUCUGCUGCUAUAAAUCGUGCUAUUACAAAUACAUUGUUGAACAAUACUGAAGAAGCAAAAGACGACUUUGAGAAAGCAAUGUCUCUGCCAUUCUCUGCAGCAGUGUAUUUUAACAGGGCUAAUUUCUAUAAUGGAUUGAAGCAAUAUGUACGAGCUGAGAAAGACAUUUCAACAGUGGCUGGUGACGAGCCGCUGCCUAUUAAUCAUUCACCAGCCGGAGAGCUGCGAUUACCGCCACUCGGAGCGAGCGGCGCCGGCAGCCGCCUCCUUCCCGCUGCUGGUGCUGGGACCCGCCGAGCCGGGAGCCCCUCCGGGAUGCAGCACCGGGCCGGCGGCGGGCGCCUGCUGCUGUGA